CCAAGCCAUGCGUCGCGCCAAGUUUGAUUUGGAUUCCGAUAAGCAGCAACCAACAUCCACCGCCGCUAGAAGCCGCCGCCCUGGCGAACAGAGAAGUCUCCAUGAACUCUUAGGUGGAGGAAUAGUUGCGGACAUCCUGCUAUGGAAGAACAAACAUUUAUCAGCGGCAAUUUUGGCUGGGGCUACGUUGAUAUGGUUUCUCUUCGAGGUGGUCGAAUACCAUUUCAUUACACUCAUGUGCCACAUCUCCAUCAUAGCCAUGUUUGUGGUCUUCAUCUGGUCUAAUGUAGCACAUAUGUUCGAUUGGUCUCCUUCCAAGAUCCCUGAAGUAGUUGCAUUGCAACGUGCCAUCAAUGAAGUUGCAUCAGCCUUGCGUGGCAAACUCCAGUACUCCAUUUCCAGCCUCCAUGACAUUGCUCGUGGAAAAGACCUCAAGCUAUUUCUACUGGCCAUGGUUUCCCUUUGGAUAUUAUCAGUGGUAGGAAGCUGUUGCAGCUCCAUCAGCCUCUGUUAUCUCUGCUUUCUGUGCAUUCAAACACUGCCAGCUUUAUAUGAGAGAUACGAGUACGAAGUCAACAAUCUAAUUACCACGGGAAGCCGCGACCUCAGGAAACUCUACAUGAAGUUGGAUUCCAAGGUUCUCGGAAAGAUUCCAAGAGGCCCAGUCAAGGAGAAGAAAUUCAAAUAAAAUUAUUCCAGCUUCUUGUUCGGAAGGUAUACCGCUUGGCUCGUAGUCGCAAAAUAACGUAGAAUUUUCCCAAGAAACAUGAAGUAGCAUAGAAUGCUACCGCUGUCCUGUGCAUGUAAACAGGCUUGAUAUCAAUUUAUGAUUGGAUUCAAAUUAAAUCAAA